AUGGUGGGGGCAAGGAGGGUUGCAGCGGUGAUGGCAGCGAUGGCGGCGGUGCUACUGAUAACGACGAUGAUGUCGUCAGAACGCUCUACCUCUGAGCUCGACAGCUAUCAACCCCCAAGCAUUCGUUGGAAUGGCUGGCUUGCCGACAGUCAGUUCCCUAGUGCUGCUAAGAAGGCCAAGGGCGCUCCUGGUGUGGUCGGAGGACCGGAAGACUGGAGAGCCAACCUUCCCUACGGGUACCACGUGGAUGAAGCGAAGGUUCCCGAAGACGAGGAAUCUCGCGCUAUGCAAAAUCUUCUGCAAGCGGCAGGGGGAGGGCAGUUGCUCACUCCCAAGGAUGCAUGGGAGGCGACGGAGCGCACGAAGCAGAGGUCGAAGAGGAUCAUCCGACAGCGCAUCGACUCGGCCAUCAGCAACAACCAGUUCCCAGUAGCCUCUGCCUCCCCUUGUGAACAGGAUCCCUCCGGCAUCGGGUGCUCGGAGUACCCUUCAGGGAGGCUGACGCCGGAGUACGUGAAGGCCAAGUACGGGCCGGACAUGAAGAUCCCUCAAGGGGCCGUGAGGGAGGUGGAGGGGGACGAACGGAUGAUGGAUGGGUCGAGGAGGAGCUACCCUGAGUCGCAGUAUGACUACGAGUGGAGGCACCUGACGAGCGGGAGAGAGGAGGAGGAGAAGAGUAACGAAGGGCUGAGGGCGAGGCAGAGGAUGGCGAGGGAGGAGCAGGAGGAGUACCCGAGUGAGGCUCCUGCCCAGCACUACUUCAAGGCUGUCUAUGGUCCUGUUGGAGUGGAGAUGUUCAAUUUGAACAGAGCAGCUGAUACCAUUGCCUGGCCUUCAAAGAUGAGAUAA